UUUUUUUUUUGUUAUGUUCUAUUAAAAAAUAAACAUUAUUCUAAGAAUAAGUAGUAUUUUUAAUUUUAAUAAUUUUAUUAACCUAUAAAGAACCUCCGAGAUUUCCUAGAGGUAGCUUUCCUCACACACCGUCACGGCCGCUUGUCUCCAAGUUGUCUUGGGACUCGUCGACGAUGCACACAUAUAUUUACUUAUAACAUUUAUAUAUUCUUCUCGUAGCCGAACCAGAAAAUUUCCAGAGAGAUAAUCAAUUGCAGAAAAACUGAAUCUUGUUGUUGAAAAAGAGCACCCAUAAACUUGUUUCUCAAUUCUCUCGUUUGGCCCUUUUCUUCACAAUCUGCGGAUAUAAAUAAGCAUCUUCUCGUCCUCUAAUAAGCCAAUUCGAUCCAAAAGCUCUCGUCUUUUCUCUGCGUUUUCCGGUGUUCAUAUUCGAGGCUGUGUUGUGUCUUCUUGGAGGCAUAGAAAAUCUCUAUGGGAGAAGCACCAGCUUUCUUUGUGGAUCAUCUGGAGAAUGGAUACACCAAUGGCUUUGGUGUCAAAUCCGAGCCUAAGAACAGAGAUACGUCUGUCCAAAUUGGGGAUCGAUCCUUUGUGAUUGGUGGAAAUCAUGAAGGAAACCCAUUGUUCCUUGGUGUUCAGAUUCAUGACAAAAUCACUAACAAGUGCUCUAGUCCUACUGUUCUUGGGACAGGCCCUAAACCCUGCAAGGGUUACUCUGCCAUUGUUCUUCCAAAAGGUCGGAUUUUGGUUAUCAAAAAAGGCUCAGCUUCUGAUGACUCCAUUUGGUUCCUUGAGGUGGAUACUCCUUUUAUCCGGGAACAAAAGAAAUUGCUUGGAAGAGAGGUUGUUGCUUGGAGUAAAGGAGUAAGGGGAAAUGCUGAGAAGCCUAUUGUUAUAAGCGGUCCUUCUGGAGUUGGAAAAGGAACACUUAUAUCGAUGCUUAUGAAGGAGUUUCCUUCAAUGUUUGGGUUCUCUGUGAGCCAUACAACUCGAGCUCCAAGGUGUAUGGAGAAGAAUGGUGUUCACUACCAUUUCACUGAUAAGACUGUUAUGGAGAAAGAAAUCAAAGACGGGAAGUUUCUCGAGUUUGCAUCUGUUCAUGGUAAUCUAUACGGAACCAGCAUUGAAUCCGUUGAGGUUGUAACCGAUUCAGGAAAGAGAUGCAUUUUGGACAUUGAUGUUCAAGGAGCGAGGUCAGUGAAGGCGAGUUCACUGGAUGCGAUAUUCAUAUUUGUCUGUCCUCCUUCAAUGAAGGAACUUGAAGAUCGACUUCGUGCUCGAGGAACCGAGACAGAGGAGCAGAUCCAAAAGCGGCUUAGAAACGCUGAAGCAGAGAUCAAAGCGGGGAAAUCCUCUGGCAUUUUUGAACACAUUCUGUAUAAUGACAACCUUGAGGAAUGCUACAAGAACCUUAAGAAUCUCUUGGGGAUAAACGACCUUGCUCCUGUGAAUGGUGUAGAAGUAGAAGGGAUCGAUCUGCCCAAGGAGCACACAGUAACAAAGAUGGAUGACAAGAUUUUGAUUCAAGAAACAGGAGAAGGAACCAAAAACAAAAUGAUCGUGUUGGAUCUAUCUUCAAUUAACGGGGGAGCACCGGGAAGAACAAGAGGGAUCGUUCUGGACACGGUUAAGUCCAGUUGACAAUGAGUCUUUUUAUUUCGCUGCGGGAAGCUAAGGAGGAAACAUUUAGAUGAUGAUGAUGAACAUUGCUCGUUGUUUUAUUAUGACUGUGGUUGGAAGGUAGUGUUAUGCGAUCACUAGAUAGGCACUGAUGAUGAUGAUGAUUAUGGUUCUUAUGAUUAUGAUGAUUCAAGAAAGUCAUCAUCUCUUCUGAGAGAUGAUGGAAUAAGGUUUUUUUGUUCAUUUUACUGAUAAAGAUUUUGUUUAAUCUAAAUCUUGAAAGAAGUUUUUGGUGUUA